AACGGCUGGAAGGGCUGGAAGAGCUGGGGAGGGCGGGGCGCCCAGCCGGACCUAGACCAGGCUCAGUCCUGAGAGAAGGCUGUCUUCGCUCGGGGAGGGCCUCCUACCCCCGGGCCAGGUGCCUGAGUGCUCCGGCCUCCUGCAGAGGAGUUCACCCCGCGGUGACGUCAGCGGUCUGUGGCCCUCACCUCUUCCUGCAGCGCCAGACUCCGCCCGGCCUCAGAGUGCGCUUUUGUGCUAUGCUGUUGGAUGGAAACAACCCUCUUCCGGCGGUUUAGACGUUGACCUGCAGAAGAAAAAUAUUUUCUGUACUUCUCUAAGGAUUUCCUCUGAUUUACCCUGAAAGAUAUGUGAAAAUGAUGUGCACUGCCAAGAAAUGUGGAGUUAGAUUCCAGCCUCCAGCUAUUAUCUUAAUUUAUGAAAAUGAAAUCAAAGGAAAGAGUCGCCAGCGCAUCAUGCCAGUUCGAAAUUUUUCAAAGUUUUCAGAUUGCACAAGAGCUGCUGAACAAUUAAAGAAUAAUCCACGACACAAGAGUUAUCUGGAACAAGUAUCCCUGAAGCAGCUGAAGAAGUUAUUCACUUUUUUACGAGGUUACUUGUGGGGACAGAGUUUGGCAGAAACGAUGGAACAAAUUCAACGGGAAACAACCAUUGAUCCUGAGGAAGACCUGAACAAACUAGAUGACAAGGAGCUUGCCAAAAGGAAGAGCAUCAUGGAUGAACUUUUUGAGAAAAAUCAGAAGAAGAAAGAUGAUCCAAAUUUUGUAUAUGACAUUGUGGUUGAAUUCCCACAGGAUGAACAACUGCAGUCCUGUGGCUGGGACACAGAGUCAGCUGAUGAGUUCUGACACCAAACACUCAAUUUAUUGGUGUAGCAGAAUAUCGAUGUUUAUAUAAAAACAUAGACGUGUUCUAUAAAUACCUGUAAAGAACACCAAUUAUAUAUAUUGGUUCACAAAACAAGGACAUUUAUAUCUACUAUGUAGGUGCUUGAAGAAUAGAGAAAAAAACAAUAUAGGAUUCUGCCUUUAAGGAACUUGCAAUAUAAUUAGAAGAUAACUCAAAAGCUUGUGAAAAGCUAAAUAACAGUAUUAAGCAGCAAAAAUAUUAGAGCCAGAUGAUAGAGGCUAAAGUCAGAGCUUAAAUAAUUGUAGGGUAAAAUAGUCAGGAAAGACUUUUUCCUAUAAUGGAGAAAUAGGACUUUGCCUGGACCUUGAAAUGGUAGUAUUUAUAUCAAAGCAUAUGUAGGAUUCCAGUUGAAGGCAGUGGAGAAAAGGUGAAAGGAGACAAGAAAUAGAAACUUUUAUUUGAGGAAGAGCAAAUUAUAGUUUGAUGAGAUUAAAGGGCAUAUAUGGUUACCAGGAAAUUAUCCUUUAUGCAUUAUGCCUUUGUAUAUAUAUGAACAUUAUUUUGUAUGUAGAUAGCUCUGAUGUAGAAAAGUACCUCUGCAAAAUUCCUUGCUGCUGCAAGUGGAUGUUAUGUGAUGGAUAAGAGGGGAGUUCUGCUCCUCUGGGAUAAGGAAAUGUAUCCUAAAGACACUCCAAAACCAGGAACCUCUUCCCAUAAAUGAGAGGUUUGUUUGUAAAAUGGGAACUCCACCUGUAAUAAAUGAACAAUAGGUACUGCCAGUUUAAACAUGUUCAUGAAUUUAGAUGUACAAAGAAAGGAUUUUUGUUUAAUAAGGUUAUCUGUACACAGAUACAUUUGUUUUUACCGGAAUAUUAUUUAAUUGGUAAAAGCCUAUGUUUUCUAUAAGGAUAUUAAUAUUUAUUAAGUAAAACUGUAAAAAGAAUAACUCAUUCUACCUAUUUAUUCCUACUCUCUUUACUAUUAAAUACCCCAUUAAAAGGGAUUAUCUGCAUAGUGAUAUCACAGGGUCUUAACACAGUCACAUCUCAGACACGUAUUUAUCAAAGAUAGCAAAAGAAUUUUCAGAAUUAGAGAUCCUUUCAUAUCUAGGUAGUAUUCCAUUUAUUCCAUUGUAUAAAUGUAGGUAAUUUAUUUUUAAAAUUGACCUUAGGUAAAUUUCUUUUUUCACUAUUACAAACAACACUACAGCACAUAACUUUUUUUUUUGUUUUUUUGUUUUUGUGGUGCUGGGUAUCGAACCCAGGGCCUUGUGCUUGCGAGAGCAAACACUUUACCAACUGAGCCAUCUCCCCAGCCCAGCAAAUAACUUUAUACAUUCUCUUUUUGACCACACACAAGAAUAUCCAUAGGACAGUUGGGCAUAAAAGUACAUACGUGUAAUUCCAGUGACUCAGGAGGCUGAGACAGGAGGAUCACAAGUUUAAGGCCAGCCUCAGCAACUUAGUGACGCCCUAUCUCAAUUUAAAAACUAAAAUAAAAAAAGCCGGGGAUUCAGCGUAGUGGUAAAGCACUCUUAAUUCAAUCCCCAGCACAAAACAAACAAACGAACAAGGAUAUCUACAGGGUAAAUGCCUUCAGGGGGAUUUUGGGGUAAAUACAUUCCAAAUUUUAAUAAAUAUUAAGUUGU